ACGGUUAGAUGGAUGGAUGGAUGGAUGGAUAGAUGGAUGGAUGUGUUCCGGCACUAGGACCCUGGACACGUGAGCGCAUGUAGUUUGCCAGAGGGUGGAGACGGUGAACAAUGAAGGAGCUAACUGGUAGGACCAGGAGAGGUAGAAGAUCUGAAUCACUCCCCUCUCCUCCUCUGUAGUCCCGCUGAACGGACGAACUGGGCGGACCGACGGUGACAGAAAAACUGGGUUCAGUCUAAGCAGGAAAGCAUGAAGAUUUGUUUACGCACGCUGCAGAGAUCCGAGCUGCGCCGAUAUGAAUGAAUAGGCUCCUCUCCGUGUUCAUGCGUGUGUGUUCAGGCUGCUGAAGUGGAAGUGGGUCAUGCGGACCACUGGAGGAGCAGAAGAUAAACACGCAGCCUCCUCCUGCUGCUACUUGGCAGGCUGAGGCGCUCAUAGAAAGGCGUCCCCAUCCGGCAUCUCAGCAUCAAGCUCCACAUGUGCUUUUGAUUCCUCGAAAGAAAGUGUCUGAAACUGAAGAACACAAAACAGGGACUGCAACCUCGGUUUUCUUUCUUUUUAUUUCGAAGAAAUAAUCCUGCUGUUUGAAAACGAAGAUCCACCUGUCGGUUCCGAGAAGGAGCAGGCUGAUCCCAGCGGAGCGCACCAGCUCAGCUCACCGAGCGGAUGCAGGACCAUGGAGGAGAGAGACAAGUCGCCAGCAGUGUGCCACAGAGUGUCAAGGCGAGCCUGUCUCUUUCUCCAUCCGGGCCGGGGCGGGCUGGCAGCGGUGGGGGCUCCCCUACAUCCAAAAUGAGCUACUGUGGAGGGGUGCCGGUAGAGGACAUGCAGGCGCUGGCCAUCACCUCGCUGUCUGUAGCAGAUGUAGCCAAACAGUAUGAGCACAUCCGAGAGCUGGGGAAGGGAACGUACGGCAAGGUGGACCUGGUGGCACACAGGACACAGGGCACCAAAAUGGCACUGAAGUUUGUCACCAAGAACAAGACGAAGCUGAAAAGUUUCCUGCGGGAGUACAGUUUAACUGGCUCGCUCAGCUGCAGCCCUUUCAUCAUCAAAGUCCUUGACGUGCUGUUCGAGACGGAGGACAGCUAUGUGUUUGGACAAGAGUACGCCCCCGCCGGGGACCUUUUCGACAUUAUACCGCCGCAGGUGGGUCUGCCAGAGGAGAUGGUGAAACGCUGCAUGCAGCAGCUCGGCUUGGCUCUGGACUUCAUGCACAGUAAAAAUCUGGUGCAUCGGGACGUCAAACCCGAAAACGUGCUUCUGUUUGACCGGGAGUGUCGCCGCAUCAAGCUGGCUGAUUUUGGCAUGACCCGACGCGUGGGCUGCCGUGUGAAACGCGUGAGCGGCACCAUCCCCUACACGGCGCCAGAGGUUUGCCGCGCCAACCGUGCCGAUGGUUUCCUGGUGACCACCAGUAUGGAUGUGUGGGCUUUUGGAGUUCUGGUCUUCUGCAUGCUCACGGGGAAUUUCCCCUGGGAGGCUGCGAUGCAGGCCGAUGCCUUUUAUGAGGAGUUUCGUCGCUGGCAGAAAGCGGGUUGUCCCGUGGGAACGUACCCAUCUCAGUGGCGCCGCUUCACAGAUGACGCCCUACGCAUGUUUCAGAGGCUGCUGGCCUCAGAACCGGAAAAACGCUGCGGGGUCAAGGACGUCUUUUGCUUUAUCAAGUACGAGCUUGUCAGCGAGCUGAGGCGCAGGGCAUCUUACAGAGCAAAAAGAGGAGAGAGGUCAAGCUCUGGAGUGUGUACAGGCAGCUGUACCUCGUCUUCAUCAUCUUCACGUUCCUCUCUCAGACAUCAGGAGCCAUCCACACCUCCAGGAACGUCUUGCCUCCGCCCAGCGCCACUUAAACGUAGCAUCCUCUCCGACCCACUCUCUCCCAGAGAGGAGUCCGGACAGCACCAGUCUCCGGGCCGAGACAAGAACAAAAGCCAGAUGGUCAUGGCAACAGCCAUAGAAAUCUGUGUUUGAACAUACCGAUGUGAGGGCUGGAAAGCAGAUGGCUUUUCACAGCAAUAAAAAGCUGAGAAGAGGCGUUAAUGACUUCCACAGAGACACGGUGAAACAAGAGAGGUACUCAAACCUUUAAAAAGAAGCUCAGGGUCCAAUCCCAUGCUGGGGAAAUGGACACCAUCAGUCAGUGGAACGGACUCGGACAGCCUGUCAAUGAAAUUCAAUUCCAUUUAGGAGUUGAUUUGUGACCAAAGACUGCUCCCCGAGCAGAGCCCAGCAAUGCUCCUCCUCCUGGGUUUCCCUCCCAAACACUCUGUGGUGGUGCUACUUACUCUAAAGUUAGAUUCACCCCAUGUUUCAGAACGUCGUUGUUUACUUAUCCACAGGAAAAUGUAUAACUAAUCACACCCCUUAGAGUUUUUCACAUUCUGUCACAUUACAGCCACAAACUUUAAUGUAUUUUAUUGGGAUUUUAUGUAAUUGACCAACAGAAGGUAGCAAAAAUUGGCAAACUGACAGCAUCCCCACAGCAUGGUGCAACCACCACCGUGUGCACGUCUGUAAUCUUUCACAUAAAAUCUAAAAUAAAAUAUAUGUCAAAGAUUGUGGUUGUGAUGUGACAAAAUGUGAAAAGGUUCAAGAGGUGUGAAUAUUUUUGCAAGGCAAUAUAGGAGAUUUAGCUUGACUAAAUUAGGUAAAUGGGUCAGAAAUAAUCCAGUAACUGCAUUUGACUGCCAUUUCAGAGACUUCCUCUUGACUUCCAGUGCAUAAAAUCCGACUUAUUCAAGAGGAAUCAUUAUAAAAAAGAUGAAUAAACAAAACCUUUAAUGUAGCAGUUUGGAUGAGAGGUGUCUUUGUGACGGUGUUUAGACUCGAGAGAGAUUCUCAGUGAUAAGAAUCAACUCAGGACACUUCAGUGAAAAACUUCCUGUUUAAUCAUUGACGGAAAUUCAUGUGGAGACUGGAAGAUGCAUCUGGCGCUCCUGAAUGACUCUCAGUGAGGCUCAUUUUUCAGCGAGACGAUAGAAACACACAGGAAUGCUGAACAAAAAGAGGUGGGGACAUUUUCUUUAGCGCGCGCGCGUGUGUGUGUGUGUGUGUCUAAGUUUCAGAAGCACAAGAUCUUUUUUAUUUGUAAAGGAUGAUUACUAUCAGAGAAAACUAUGACUAAGUUGUACAUAGGUUGAUAUUUGCUCCAUAUAAUCAGGUAGUUCAAUGUAGCUGGACUGUUUUUCUACAGCAGCGAAGGCUUUUCCAGUCCAUUAAGUGUAUGUAGCAUUAAAACAUGGUAGACUGGACUGAGUAUCAUAUAUAUAUUGAUGAUCUAGAGUCACAAUGUAAACAGUGUAGCGUCUUCUGUUACUUUUAUUGGUUAUAUUGUUUCGGUUUUGUUUGAACUAGACCAUUUUUUUACACAUAUUUGACUCGAGUUUAUGAGAACAGUUGAAACCAGAUAUUAACAUGCACUGUACAGAUAUAUCAGAUGUUUUGGGUUUCAUUAUUCAAUCUUCUCACAGUAGCUGGGAUUUUGGCCCAUUCCUCCUGACAGAACUUGUAUAACUGGGUCAGGUUCUCAGUCCACCUUACUCAGACAUAUCUUUUCCGGUCUGCCCACAAAUUAUCCAUGGGACUGAGAUCAGGGUUUUGUGGUGGCUGCUCCAGGACAUUGACUUUGUUACCAUUGAGCCACUUUAUAACUAAUCUGUUGGUAUGCUGAGGGACAUUGGCUCUUUGGAAGACCCAUUUGUGUCCAAGCUUUAGCUUCCUGGCUGAGGUCUUGAGAUGUUGCUUCAAUAUUUCCACAUAAUGUUCUUUCCUCAUGAUGAUAUCUAAUUUGGAAAGUGCACCAGUCCCUCCUGCAGCAAAACAGCCCUACAUCAUGAUGCUGCCACCUCAUACUUCACAGUUGGAAUGGCGUUCUGAGACUGGGACUCUUUCUCCUUCAAAUGUAACGAUGGUCAUUAUGACUGAACACUUCCAUUUUGUUUUCGUCAGACACGUCAGAAAUGUGUCUUUUUAUAGGGUGUAUGUAAAUAUCUGGUUUCAACUGUAAAUUCUUACAUUGAUCUGUGACCAUAACGUCAUCCAUUCCCCUUUUAAAAGUCCUCUGCUUUCAACUUAUUCAAUCUCUUCACAUAGGUAAAGCUAAUGAGAGCUUCAUCAGAGGUUGACACCUUACUGGUCUGAACAUGGUGUCUCAGCCCUGCAGCUCAGGUCAGGUUAAUAUCGGCGCUUCUCUUGGAUAAUGCAGCCUAAUGCAUCAGUCCACUUGCAGGACGAAGGUGGAUAUCGUAUGGUAGGAUGACCUCCAUGUCACCCGCGGGUGUCAUGAAAGGAGCUGACGGAUAGAGACCGCGUGGUAUCAGCUUCAUGUAUCGCCGAGUUACUUCUAAUUAUGAAAGCAUCUUAAAGGUACAUGUUGUGCUGUGUGAGUACUCCUCUGUGUGCUUGUUACCUUUAUGUUUCUCACUUCUGUCAGUCAGGUUCGUUUCUUGCUUCGACCCAUGACAGCUCAUCCCCUCUGUUACAUUAGUGGCAGGACUGGGAGCGCCUCCGAUUCAGUCUCGGUCCUCAUCUUGAGCAUCAAGUCUAAUUAAACACUAAUGAGUCUACUUGUUGCAUGGCCAUCUCCUUCCCCUCCCAGCCGUCCACGCUCAGCUCCUCAUUUUGGUUACUUAACCUUAUAUACUUGGUGACGCACUUCAUCAAAAUAUGCUGUUUGGCACUUAAUGAGCAGCUUUAAUUCCUCCAUCCAUUGUCAUCAUUCACAAUGAAAGCUGAUGCUGUUCCCUGUUAGAGAUGGAGGGAUUGUGUGCUGAGCGAUCGGUGCGUCGUAUUUCCCAGAAGGUAAUUCAUUUAGUAGCUAGCAUCGGGGUCUAAAUUGUGUUUGGUCGACCAUGUUGUAUUUGUUUGGUCAUGUAUGUAUGUAUGUAUAAAACAUCCCGCAAUCCUGCACUGCAUCACUUUCUCUGUCACAUGACCAAACAAAUUCAACAUGGCCGACUCAUAUUGUCUCAUCGGACUGCUUCCAAAAGUGUCCAGAGGAACAUGAUCGUAUUUCUAACGAUGAAUGUUUGUUCCAGGUUUGAAUGGGUUUUAAUGCUCUGCUCAGUUUGUCUUGGAGGUCAGAGGUCAGAGCUGGGACUGACGUCAAGUCAGAGUAGAAUGUGUUCUAGUUGCAAGUUGGAAAUAAGUUAAUGGUUGUGGCACUAAAUACAGUUGCAUUAAAAAGACGAUAAUCUAUUUCUCCAUUUUAUGCCUUCAAACUUUAAGGAACAAGUUCAUGAAAAAUAUGGGGGAGUAAAAUACUGACCUUUAGAAGCGCUCAUGAACACCUGCAACUUUCACUAUGUUUUAUAUCUGCGGCAGCAACAGUGGAUUGUACCUUUGGGCUGCUUGGGGACGACUAUCAAUAGUUAAUAUGUAAACUAUUGUUUCUCAUGGACUGUUACUGUAAAAAAUGAAGUGUCAUAUUAUUUAAGAUCCAAUCAGCCUAGCCUUCCCUUUACCCCCUGUAUCCUGAUGUAGUGUUGGGCAGUUUUUCUGCCCUUGUAAAUCUUGUUUUAGAAUCUAUUUGUAUAAAAAAUGUACAGCCUGUGUCCUUAAGACAAAAGAGGUAUAAAGAAAAUGUUAAUAUAUGUUGAAAUAAAUUUAUGCAGCACA